UUCCUUCAUUCCGACAAUUCCUCCGUCUGGUCGACUUCAGAUUUCAUUUUCUGCUCUCUUGCUCUCCUGCUCUCCUGCGUGGCUUCUCGCCGGGAAGUCUUUCGGCGAACACUUGUCCGUUUUCUCCGCUUCGGAAAAUCAGCAACUGUUUCUGAACAUCAUUCAACGGUUUGUUUGAUUUGCGGCCGAAUUUUCAUUUUCUUAACCCUCGGCCUGGACGCCGAUAACAUCGUAGGAAGAAACGGAAUCUGGAACUGUUCACUGGUUUCACAAUGGACUGGCUUCUCGAAUAACAAAUAAUUACUCACAAGCAAGGAGAUGAAAGGAGAAUCAUCUGGACUGAUCAUUGGCAUCUCCAUUGGGGUGGUAAUUGGAGUGCUUUUGGCCAUAUUUGCGCUGUUCUGUAUUAGGUACCAUAGAAGACGCUCGCAAAUUGGGAAUAGCAGUUCUCGGAGGGCAGCAACCAUCCCCAUUCGUGCUAAUGGUGCUGAUUCUUGUACGGUAUUAUCAGACUCAUCUGUUGGGACAGAAUCACCCAAAAUAUCUGGGCAGAAUGGCAUGUCUUUGUGGCUUGCAGUUGGAGGACUUAAAAAAAAUGUGGUUUCUGCAUCAGGAAUACUUGAGUACUCAUACAAGGAUCUGCAAAAAGCAACUUGUAAUUUUACCACAUUGAUUGGUCAAGGGGCAUUUGGUCCUGUGUAUAAAGCUCAGAUGUCUACUGGUGAGACAGUUGCUGUUAAAGUGCUUGCAACUGAUUCCAAACAGGGAGAGAAAGAAUUCCAAACAGAGGUUAUGUUAUUGGGAAGGUUGCAUCACAGGAACCUUGUGAACCUGGUUGGGUAUUGUGCAGAAAGAGGCCGGCAUAUACUUAUUUAUGUCUACAUGAGUAAAGGCAGCCUGGCUUCUCAUUUGUAUAGUGAAAAGCAUGAACUAUUGAGCUGGGGUUUGAGGGUUCAAAUAGCUUUAGAUGUAGCAAGAGGCUUGGAAUAUCUUCAUGAUGGGGCUGUUCCUCCUGUGGUACAUAGGGAUAUUAAAUCUUCCAACAUUCUGUUGGAUCAGUCCAUGAGAGCCAGGGUAGCUGAUUUUGGGCUUUCUAGGGAAGAGAUGGUUAACAGCCAUGCGUCCAAUUUACGGGGAACGUUUGGAUACCUUGAUCCAGAGUAUAUAUCAACAAGGGCGUUUACCAAGAAAAGCGAUGUUUAUAGCUUUGGGGUUUUGCUUUUUGAACUCAUUGCUGGCAGAAAUCCUCAGCAGGGUCUGAUGGAAUAUGUUGAACUAGCUGCAAUGAACGCGGACGGGAAAAUCGGCUGGGAGGAGAUUGUAGAUUCCAGUCUCGAUGGAAAAUACGACAUGCAGGAACUCAAUGAUGUGGCAGCUCUAGCAUACAAGUGUAUCAACCGUGUACCGAGAAAACGACCAGCCAUGAGAGACAUUGUGCAAGUGCUGUCGCGUAUCCUUAAAUUGAGGCACAGUAAAAAGCAUCACGGGCAUUCACUUUCUGGCACGCAAGAUGAGGUCGCCAUCAAUGUCGACCAGCCAGAUCACCGAAGCCCAAUGUCAGAACACCGGCGGGUGGACUCUGUGGAUAGCACAGCUGAUGCCUUCGAAGUUUAAAUGACAGUUUUUUGGUUUGUUCAUCCGUUUGAUGGCUUGUUUUGGGAUUUUGCUUUUGUAACAUAUUUGUUGUUUGUUAGGAUGUAAGAAGCAAGGCAGAUCUUGGUGUCAGCCUUCUGAGUUCUGCUUAAUGGAGGUAGAAAUCUAGUGCCUCAUUCCCUUGUAAUUUUCCCAUCCUACAUGGUAUACAUUUUCUUGUUCUCCCUAUUUGUUCUUCAUCAUGCUGCAGACUCUCAUUUUUUUUGUAUAUUAAUUGGGUAAUGGAAACAAAGAGAAAGUUUUCCUCUCCGCCAAGAUUUAGUUAGAGGGGAAGCCUCAUUUUCUGUUUUA